AUGCCGGCCGGAGCACACCGACACCCCUUUACCCUAAACAUCAUGCAGUCUGCACUUCUUAACCAUUGGAAGUCGUUGCCCCUAGACAAGUAUGAUGGUACCACCGACCCAGAUGAGCACGUCGAUGUGUUCUUAACUCAAGUUACUCUAAGCACUACUGAUGACGCUGCCUUGUGCCGAAUCUUCCCAACAUCAUUAAAAGGGCGAGCACUGAGUUGGUUUACUCGGAUUCCUGCUAAUUCGGUUGACUCGUUCAACACGUUAGCCUCCCAGUUCACCAUUCAGUUCGCUACAAGCCGGCCCCACCAGUUGACCUCUUUGGCACUAGUUAGCAUCCGUCAGGAGAAAAAGGAGUCCCUUCGGGCGUUCAUGAGCCGAUUCAACAAAGCGGCGCUUGAAAUCCGAGACCUGAACCCUGCUGUAGCUCUGCACCACCUUACCACCGCCUUGAAACCGGGGCCUUUCGCCAACAGAAUUUGUAAGAAACCCCCUACUGACAUGGAUGACUUGCGUCGGCGAGCCGACAAAUACAUGCAGAUGGAAGAAUUGGCUGAGUUCUGGAACCAAGCCCGAGCGGAGGUGUCGGCAAAACCUGAUAAGCCGGUCGAGACUAAUUUCUGGAGUCGUCUAAAAGAGCUGAUUCCUCGCGAGAAGCCUCCUCGCGGGCCGAGAUACUCACAAUAUACGCCACUCAAUACAAGCAGAUCGGCCGUCCUAGAGCAAGCACUUGCCUCAGAAGUGCUAGCAGUCCCAAAACGAGCUUUGACCCCUCCCAGGGCUGAUACAACAAAGUCUUGCAGGUACCAUCGUAAUCGGGGGCAUUCCACAGAGGAAUGCGCGGCUUUGAAAGACAAAAUUGAAGACUUAAUCAAGCAGGGGCAACUGCAAGGCUUCAUAGACCGUCUGACCCCAUCCCGACAUGUCGACAGGUCUCGGCGGCAUGAUCAGUCCGAGCAAAGGAGAACGGGAACACACUCAUACAGGGAACGUAGUCGGUCGAGAGAUAGGCGAGAGGAAGAGCCUUCGGCGCAACCUCGGCGAGUCAUCAACACCAUAGCCAGUGGAUUCGCUGGCGGGGGCUCAUCCUCCUCGGCCCAACGGAGACCCCGGCGAGCCGUUCGGCACGUGCAUGCAGUGGAAACAGCUCGUCACCACCUUCCCACCAUCACUUUCAUCGAGGCCGACUUCAAAGGCAUUGACCCGGACCAAGAUGAUCCGAUGUUGGGUAUUCUAGAAUCCGAGCUAGUUCCUUAUGAUGAACCUCUAGUUGGGUUCUCAGGUGAACGAGUCAAGACAAAGGGAUAUAUCAAGCUGUCAACCCGGUUUGGGUUUGAAGGAGCCGAAUAUCGUGACAUCUCGGUCAAAUAUGUGGUGGUUCAUGCCAGCACAUCUUAUAAUAUUCUGCUCGGCCGGCCAUCCCUGAAUCGACUUGGGGCGGUUGUGUCCACCCCUCAUUUAGCCAUGAAGUUCCCGGCCGAGUCAGGACGAGUCAUUACGGUCAAUGCUGAUCAGAAGACUGUGUGA